CGCGGGAGGCGGCUGGGCAGCAUGGCGUCCGUGUCGCUGAGCGAGGCGGAGAAGGUGUACAUCGUGCACGGCGUGCAGGAGGACCUCCGCGUGGAUGGCCGGGGGUGCGAGGACUACCGAGGGCUCGAGGUGGAGACGGACGUCGUGUCCAACACCAGCGGCUCUGCCAGGGUCAGGCUGGGCCACACGGACAUCUUGGUGGGGGUGAAGGCAGAGAUGGGGACGCCGAAGCUGGAGAGGCCGAACGAAGGUUACCUGGAGUUCUUUGUUGACUGUUCGGCCAAUGCUACCCCUGAAUUUGAAGGUCGAGGAGGCGAUGACCUUGGCACAGAGAUCGCCAACACCCUCUGCCGGAUAUUCCACAACAAGAGCAGCAUCGACCUGGAGGCCCUCUGCAUCAGCCCGAGGGAGCACUGCUGGGUCCUGUACGUGGACGUGCUGCUGCUGGAAUGUGGCGGGAAUCUGUUCGACGCCGUCUCCAUUGCCACGAAGGCCGCUCUCUUCAGUACGAGGAUACCAAGAGUCCGUGUUCUGGAGGAUGAGGAGGGGUCGAAGGACAUCGAACUGUCGGAUGACCCUUACGACAGCAUCCGGCUGAGCGUGGAGAACGUCCCCUGCAUUGUCACCCUGUGCAAGAUUGGCUGUCGGCACGUGGUGGACGCUACGCUUCAGGAGGAGGCCUGCUCCUUGGCCAGCUUGCUGGUGUCGGUGACCAGCAAGGGAGUCGUGACGUGUAUGAGGAAAGUGGGGAAGGGCAGCCUGGACCCGGAGAGCAUCUUCGAGAUGAUGGAGACCAGCAAGCGGGUGGGCAAGGUGCUGCACACCUCCCUGCAGAGCGUCCUCCAAAAGGAAGAGAGCCUGGGGCCCAAGAGGCAGAAAGUCGGGUUCCUGGGCUGAUUCGCACAUCGACCCCGUCGCCGGAGUGCUGCUCCCACUUUUUGGUGGGAGCCGAAGUGUGUAUGUAUUUUUCUUAACUAUUACGAAUUUAAAGCAACGUUUGUACGUGUGAAAUUAAACUCUAUUUUCUGGUCUGGUUUGGAAUGGCUAGGAUUCUUCAAGUGUAAGUCAGGACGCCAGGGUGGCACCUCGAGGGUCUGGCCCUUGUUUCCUCGGGUCCAGAGGCCGCGUCCCAGGCGAAGGGCUCUGGUCGUGGGCCUUCCCAAGGAGACUCACUUACUCCUGCUGCAGGAGUUCAGAACAACAGCAACACACGAGAACAAGGACCUGAGAACAAGGACCCACGAGCUAACUGGUUCAAAGGAAAUGCUAAUGAUAGGCGCUUUGGGAUGGUUCCCUCCCCAGAGAGUGUUCAGUGUGACACACAGCAAAACUUCACUCGGCUGUGCCUCUGGGUGCGUCAGGGAGGAGACCGGAGGCGGCGCUGUGCCGCAGGGGUCCAGCCGGGCCCCACCUGGCUGCUGAGCCUUCCUGGGGAAGCCCAGCUCGCUUCCUGCCCUCCAAGACAUCCAGGCCAAGCUCCCCAGGGGCGGGGGCCGAGCGGCCACGCUGGUCCUUAGCCAGCUGUUCUUGUCACUCUUGUUUUGAAAUUGCUUUGUGUUUUAUAACCACUCCCUGGUGUUUUGUAAGUUUUUUUGUUUUGUCAGCAUUAACACGGCUGCUUUAGAGAUGCCGUCAUCUGAUUACUCAGCCUGCUUUCACUCUGGGGACGGGGGAAGGCCAUUCUUGAUGGCCCCGGAAAGCUCUUCUGUAGCCCGUGUUCUACUCCGAGUGCAGCGUGUCGGAGUGGGGUCUGUUCGUGGAGUGAACGGUCUCUGUUUUCUCUGGGGGAUCUUGUUCUCCCCACUCGGUCUUAAAGCUCCCCCGAGAGGGGAGAAGGAGCGGCUUCGUGAAGGAGUGUUUUAGCCGUGGCGUUUGCUCUCGGCGUUGUACUUAGACGAUGAGGGCGAGGAGUUCCAACUCCACUGCCUCCUGGAGAGAACGUAAUGCGGCCCCAGGGGUCCCGGCACGGCCCUCCUCCCGGUGGGACAGCUCCGUGCCUGCGCACAGAAGACCUGCCUGGACUCAGACUUGCAGCCGCUGCCCUGUUGGGAACACAGCCUGGGUUUUCGUUGUUUCCCAAUGUUUUCCAGUGGUUGUCCCUCCAGGUGCCACGACGGGCUCCUGGCGACACAGACACCAGCCUGUCCCUCCCCGCCCGCCCCCGGCUGCCUGUACGAGAUAGAAUGUGGACAGUGGUCAAGAGAAACUCGAAUCGGAAUAAAGUCUAGAAGCCUUUGGUCUGGGCAAUUAAAGACAUCAGACAGACGGGCCAGGCUGGGGGAGGCUUUGCCAGGCCUUGUGGAACAGCUGCGCACAGCUGAGUGGCCACAGUGAAAACGGGGGGAGGGGAGAAACACAGGGCGGGGCGGAGGGAGGGUUACGUUCGUGAGUGUGCGAAGCAGUUUAUCCUUCUGUUAUUAUUCACUAGUUGUUGUAUGCAUUAUUUGUUCACACUGCGGAUGUCAACCUCCUUUGUCUGCCCCUGUGGGUUAGCGUGUGUCUCUCCCACCCAGACCUUUCCUUGAAAGCCACCCCUUCCUGGGAGAAGGGCACACAGCAGAUGAAGCAAAACCCGGGUGGGCGAGGUCUGUCCGGGAGAGGCAUUUAUCAGAAAGAAACUUCUGAUUAUUGCAGCCCUCGGAGAGAAUACACGAGGAGAGAAAACCGAAGGUAAGGACUUAGAAAGAUGGAGUGGCUACGAAAUAAACCCCAGGGAGAAGGACCGUGAAGUCGGCCAAAGGGCAAGAGCUUAGGGGUGAGGAGGGGGAGCGCAGGCGUGCAGAGAAUGCAGCGUUACGGAAUGUGAAAAUUCGCUUAUUACAUUUGUGAUCCCUUGGUCUCCCGAGUCAUGCACAUUCAAGCCUAUAAAACACAUGGAUUUAAACAACUAACAGUUUGCACAUUGCUCAUAGGCAGUGGUCUCGCACAAACCGCCCACAGAGCAUACAUCUGUGCUAUUCCAAACUUUUUGGGAAUGAUCUGGCAGUGUGUAUGAAAGGCCUUGAGAAUGUUCGUUCCCUUUGACCUAAUCUUUCCACUUCUGGGAAUGAAGAAGUAAAUAAUUCAAGACACCAGGGGAACUUCUUCAAAAUAUGAAGAAGUUCAUCCCAGUAUUAUCUCUGCCCCACAUAGACCGGGGAUUGGUAAAGCGCCAGCCCUCGGGGAGAGGGUUCGGAAAAGCGGUAGGCAGUGGAUGCCCGCAGUGGGCCACCUCCGUGCUCAGCCUCGGGCCUGCCGCUGCGGCAGGGCCCGUGCAGGCAGGGGCGGGUCACUUCCUGUGGGCAGAGCCCUGCUUCCGGUGCUUCCCUUCAACCUGGGCAUCCAGGUGUGUGCAUCCCAGAAAUGCUGGAGACUUACUGCCUCUGAGUCAACUCACGACCACGCAGAACGGGAGCCCGUGGGGAAUGCUGCUCCAUUUGACCGUCGGGCGGACAGUCCUGAGAGAGGAAUCCGAUUUGCUUGUCUGAACCAGUGAUCAUGACCCACGAUUUCUCCCACUCUCUCUUCCCUGCUCUUCCCCUGCCCCCACUCCCUGUGGGACCACCUCCCAAAUAAACUACAGACAUGA